CGCGCUCCCUCUCUCAGCUGUGUCUACGGGUACCUGCCAUGCGUGCGUGCGUGUGUGAGUGGGCGCGUGAGUGUGCCAUGCCGUUGGUUGUCCUAUGCGGAUUUCACGGUUGCUGCCCUCCUCGUGUCUCGCAACUUCACCCGAAAAGGAACAGACCACACGUCCCUUCGGAAUGCCACUGCCGUUCUACGCACCGGACUGAAGCACGGCAUUCUGCUUGUCUGUCAUUCGGGAAUAGCCUACCGAUAGUAGCUCCCUUACUCGCUGCAUCUCUGUGCUACGGUUCAGUGCUGCUGAUACCGGUGGUUUAGUACUGCUGGGGGAAUACCGACACUGCAGAGAGAGGGAGAGAGCGGAGAGGAUGGUUCCUGGUGUAGGAGGAGGGAGGUGAUCAUGGCAGAGUGGUCGCUCUGACCCCCUCUCUAAAGAGCGGAAACUACCGCCUCAACUACCUCCCUCCUCCUCCCUUUCAUCCCAACCCCCUUACCCCACUCCCUCUAACAUUUACCUUACGCCCCUCCACCCACCGCAACACGAGUCACCAUGACGACCUCAGCGUUGCGUCGCCAGGUGAAGAACAUCGUUCACAACUACUCUGAGGCAGAGAUCAAGGUGCGCGAGGCGACGUCCAACGACCCGUGGGGCCCCUCCUCCUCGCUGAUGUCAGAGAUCGCUGACCUCACCUUUAACGUGGUGGCGUUUGCUGAGGUCAUGGGCAUGGUCUGGAAACGCCUCAACGACCACGGGAAGAACUGGAGACACGUCUACAAGGCCCUGACGCUGCUCGACUACUUGAUCAAGACCGGCUCAGAGAGAGUGGCUCAGCAGUGCCGCGAGAACGCAUUCACCAUACAGACGCUGCGGGACUUCCAGUACAUGGACCGGGAUGGCCGGGACCAGGGGGGCAACGUGAGGGAGAAGGCCCGCCAGCUGGUGUCUCUACUCAGGGACGAGGAACGGCUCAGACAGGAGAGGAGCCAGGCGUUGACCACUAAAGAACGCAUGACGGCUGGAACAGGAGGAGGAGGAGGAGGAGGAGGGACGGCAGGGCGAAGGACCAGCCAGCCAAAUAUAGCAGCUCACUACGGGGAACAGUUCAUCCGCUCCCGGGGCUCGCCCUCCUCCUUUAACUCCUCUUCAUCCUCUCCUCGUGAAGCGUCUGAUCUAGAACAGGCCCGCCCCCAGACCAGCGGAGAGGAGGAGCUACAGUUACAGCUGGCCCUGGCCAUGAGCAGAGAGGAGAGUGAGAAGGACCAGCGUUGUCUCCAAGGAGAUGAGUCGUUUUUGCAGAGAGCCCUGGACGAGAACAGAAGGGACAGUCACACAGGGACAGGAGAGUCCGCCAUGUUGAAUCUGGUGGAUAUCUUUGGCCCCUCUGAGGCUCCGCCCCCAACUGACGACCUCUGGGACGCCCAGCCUGCUGUGACCUCUGACCCCUGGGACUCUGUGGCAGUCCACUCCAACACUCCUGUGAUUGGUAGUCCCUGGAAGACCCGCCCCUCCUCCAGCAGCCCAACCAAUCCUUGGGCUCCGUCACGCUCUCCCACCUGGGUAGCUCCACCCACAUCAUCAUCCAGCCCUGUCAAUCACGGCUGGGAGAGCCCGCACCCUCUUACAGGGGACGGUACUGAUAGGACGGAUCCCUUCUCUGUCAGGGAGGAGGAGUGUAAAGGAGGAGAGGGACCACCUCAACCUGGCAGUCCUACUGGCCCAGACCUGUUUGGGGAGCGUGUCCUGUCCCCCGAGGUGAACGGGCGAGGGGGGGGCAGUCCGGAGAUGUUUGACCUGUCCCGUCUCGCCCCCCCUCAGGGCUACGCGCCCCCCCGGAUGUGUCGCACCCCAGAAGCCUUCCUGGGACCUACGGGGGCGUCGCUCGUCAACCUGGAUGCACUCAUCCCCCCUAAUCCUCCUAGCAGGACCCACAACAACCCCUUCCUCUUAGGUCUGAGUGUUCCCUCUCCCACCAACCCAUUUCACUGUGACCAGCCCCGUCUCACACUCAACCAGAUGCUCCGUCCCUGUUCCACCUCCCCACUCCCCCCUCACACCCUCCCCUACAGCCCCUCUCUCCCCCUCCCUCUCCCACACCACACCCAGCCCUCCCCCGGCCUCCUGGACCUCCCCUCUAACCUCCCCCAUCCCCUCCUCCCCCUCUCCCCCGCCCCAGCCCACCGCGUCCCGCCCCAAUCUCACACACACAGCCACAACCCCUUCCUCUGAGACCUGAGGGAAACUGGCUCUACAACAACCCCUUCCUCUGAGGCCUGGGGGAAACUGGCUCUACAACCCCUUCCUCUGAGACCUGGGGGAAACUGGCUCUACAACCCCCUUCCUCUGAGGCCUGGGGGAAACUGGCUCUACAACCCCUUCCUCUGAGGCCUGGGGGAAACUGGCUCUACAAUAACCCCUUCCUCUGAGGCCUGGGGGAAACUGGCUCUACAACCCCUUCCUCUGAGGC